GCCGGGGGCCCGUUCCGCGCGCAGGGAUUUUUAAAUGUCCCGCUCUUAGCCGGGCGCAGGAGCAGCCGGCUCGGCCGCCAGCGCGGUGUAGGGGGCAGGCGCGGAUCCCGCCACCGCCGCGCGCUCGGCCCGCCGCAGCCUCCCGCCUCCCGGCUUCCCGCUCGCCUCUGCCUCCUGCCUCCGGCCUCAGCUCGUGCAGCCCGCCUGCCUGCCGCGGAGACGGCUUCGGGCCUGAGGUUUGAUCCUGCGCCCAGCGCCAUGCCGAGGGAAAAGAAGGAGAGGGAUGGGAAGGAACCCGGCACCAUGAAAGAGGAAAGCGGCACCGAUGUCUCUGUUCGCUCCAGGAAAAGGAAGGCAAAUGUGGCCGUUUUUUUGCAGGAUCCAGAUGAAGAAGUUGCCAAAAUUGACAGGACCGUGAGAAGCCAGUGUGGCAGUCAGCCUUGGGACAGUAAUACAGUCUGUGAAAACCCCUGCUCCUUGAUUCCCACACCUGACAAAGAAGAGGAUGAGCUCGUAUACCCAAAUUCUGCAUAUAAGCCUCAGAGUUGCACACCAUCCAGAGCCUCGCCACUGCCUGUACUGAACUGGGCAAAUAGAGAGGAAGUAUGGAAAAUCAUGUUAAACAAGGAAAAGACAUACUUGAGGGAUAAGCACUUUAUGCAGCGGCACCCUCUUCUGCAGCCUAAAAUGCGAGCGAUUCUUCUAGAUUGGUUAAUGGAGGUGUGUGAAGUCUAUAAACUUCACAGAGAGACAUUUUACUUGGCACAGGAUUUCUUUGAUCGGUAUAUGGCAACACAACAAAAUGUUGUAAAAACGCUUUUACAGCUUAUUGGGAUUUCAUCUUUAUUUAUUGCUGCCAAACUUGAGGAAAUCUAUCCUCCAAAGUUGCACCAGUUUGCUUAUGUUACAGAUGGGGCUUGUUCAGGAGAUGAAAUUCUUACCAUGGAAUUAAUCAUUAUGAAGGCCCUUAAGUGGCAUUUAAGUCCCCUGACCAUUGUGUCCUGGCUGAAUGUAUACAUGCAGGUUGCAUAUCUAAAUGAUUUUUAUGAAGUGCUCCUGCCGCAGUAUCCUCAGCAAAUCUUCAUACAGAUUGCAGAGCUUUUAGAUCUCUGUGUCCUGGAUGUCGGCUGCUUAGAAUUUUCUUAUGGGGUACUUGCUGCUUCUGCCUUGUAUCAUUUCUCUUCAUCUGAAUUGAUGCAAAAGGUUUCAGGGUAUCAGUGGUGUGAUAUAGAGAGGUGUGUCAAGUGGAUGGUUCCAUUUGCCAUGGUUAUAAGGGAAACAGGAAGUUCCAAACUUAAGCACUUCAGGGGAGUUCCUGCUGAAGAUGCACACAACAUCCAGACCCAUAUAAACAGCUUGGAUUUGCUGGACAAAGCCCAAGUAAAGAAAGCCAUAUUGUCUGAAGAAAAUAGGAUUUCUCCUCUCCCCACUGGGGUCCUCACCCCCCCACAGAGCAGUAAGAAGCAGAGCAGUGGGCAAGGAACAGCAUGACCACACCAGCAUCCUCACCAAAGACAGCUGUGCGGAAGUGCCUGCCCCCAGUUCUCUCCCGUCUACUGCAGCAGAGGCGUGCGUUAGCUUUUACAGAUAUUUAAAUGGAAGAGCAUGUCUCUUCUGCAACAGAAGGCCUCUGUGGAUGGCAUUGGACAGGGAGAAGUGUUUUUUAUUGAAUGCUUAGAUUUUUUUAAUAAGUGGGUCAAGUACACCAGCCACCUCCAGAACACCAAUGAGUGCUCCAGAUGCUGCUAAGGAGGGUGCUACUUGACUUGAUUGACUGUUCACACAAAUAACAAAGGCUUGAAGUUGAGGAGUGCCAUGUUGCUGUUGGUCUCCCCCUGGCUGUUCUGGGUCGAGUCGUAUUAAGUGGAACAGGUGGUUGUGAGCGUUACGAUGCGCAGCCCACAACCAGCUAUGCUGGGGGCCUCCCCUUUCCAUACUAUCAGUUGACAGUGUACAAUGCCUUUUAUGAACUAUUGUUUUGUAAGUGCUGCUAUGUUUAUCCGUUUUUUAAUAAAGAUAAAACACUGUCUUUGA